ACCGGGGGGUGGGUUUUUACUGAGACGAGGACGUGCGCCGUGAGGCCGAGCUCAAGUCGUCGGCGCCGCGGUUGCCUCCGCUGCCUCCGCUCCCGCCGUCAGCACCACCGCCACACCACUCCCAGACAGUGGAGGGGAGGAUGGAAUCCGUGACCGUCGCUACCGACGGCGGGGACAGGCCGGCGGUCCCGGCAGGCUCAGGCCUGUCAGCUUCCCAGCGUCGCGCGGAGCUGCGGCGGAGAAAGCUGCUCAUGAACUCGGAACAGCGCAUCAACCGGAUCAUGGGCUUUCACAGGCCCGGGAGCGGCGCCGAAGAAGAAAGUCAAACAAAAUCAAAGCAGCAGGACAGUGAUAAACUGAACUCCCUUGGCGUUCCUUCAGUUUCAAAGCGAGUAGUGCUGGGUGAUUCAAUUAGUUCAGGAACAACUGACCAGCAGGGUGGAGUGGUCGAGAUAAAGGGGACCCAACUGGGAGACAAAUUGGACUCUUUCAUUAAACCACCCGAGGGCAGUAAUGAUGUCAACCUUGAGCUUCGGCAUCGGAACAGAGAGGACCUGACAGCGGACACUGUCCAGAGGGGUUCUCACCAUGGUCUAGAACAGUACCUGUCCAGAUUUGAAGAAGCAAUGAAGCUAAGGAAACAGCUGAUUAGUGAAAAACCCAGUCAAGAAGAUGGAAGUUCAACAGAAGAAUUUGACUCUUUUCGAAUAUUUAGAUUGGUGGGAUGUGCUCUUCUUGCUCUUGGAGUCAGAGCUUUUGUUUGCAAAUACUUGUCCAUAUUUGCUCCAUUUCUUACUUUACAACUUGCGUACAUGGGACUAUACAAAUAUUUUCCCAAGGGUGAAAAGAAGGUAAAGACAACAGUACUAACAGCUGCUCUUCUGUUAUCUGGAAUUCCUGCUGAAGUGAUAAAUCGAUCAAUGGAUACCUAUAGCAAAAUGGGCGAAGUCUUCACAGAUCUCUGUGUCUACUUUUUCACUUUUAUCUUUUGUCAUGAACUGCUUGAUUAUUGGGGCUCUGAAGUACCAUGAAGCCUGUAGAACUCAGAAGAAGCUUACAUAUUGCAGUGUCUCUAAAGGAGGCAAAUUGGUUUACACCUUUAUGGAAUUCUUUUACUUUAUAGAGGUUGUAAAACCACUCUAUUAGGAAUGAAACGGCAGUUCCCCUGAUUUAAAAGGGUUGAGUUUGUAUUAGUACUGAUAUGAAGAAUAGAAUACCAGUACCAUUAAUUGGUUUUUCUUGUUUAAUUAAAAUCCCUACUUGAUACCUUUCCCCUAACUUCUCAGAUUUGUAAUUCCUCUUUUGGGGGCCGAACUAGUGCUUUUAGGAGAGCAGAUGAACAUGGUCUCAGCCAGCCUUAAGGACUGCUUCUUGUAUGUGUGUUGUUCUGUUCUGAGAAAUGAAGCCAUCUUAAAAAUAAAAUGAAAGAAACUGAAGUCUGCACAUUUCAAUUUAAGGGCUGAAUAAAGUAGCUAAUCUUUU